GACCACGCGAACAACCGCUGCGUCAGUCUGCGCUGAGUUCUCGUCGUGGAAGUUGCGCUCUCUUGGUGUCUCGGAAGACCUGUUAGGCCUUUGUCACCGAUGCACAGAAGAGUAGCGAGAGCUAGUCACCUAAAAAUCAGAGACUCAGUGAGUUAAAACAGUGAGUGCAACGACUUUUCAAAAUUUCAACAUUGAACAAUCUGACAUCAUAACGGAGAUCAGUUCAACUAUGUCUUUGGAGGAAUCUCGAAGAUCGCAGCGCCCGUACCGGUACGGGAUGGUUCUUCUAUGCGUCGGAGCUCUCAUAAACUGGUUAGGUUUAGCAGAGAACUAUGUCGAACCGGUACGUUACGUUGGUGUCGCUUGCAUAGUCGCUGGGGCUCUGCUCAUUUGCGCCGCGAUGUGUUGCUGGCUGCACGCACCGCCAACUAGGACGAGCACGCACACGCAACACACGAACCACCCGAUCACGGCUCAGAUCGAUGACCCGAUCCACGUGAUUUCCAUCGAAGAACCAUCCGGUAUGUCGAGGCAAAAGCCGCCAGAUUACGAGGCGGUGACGGACUCACCGCCGAGCUACGAUGAUGCUAUCAAGCUAAAUCCUAGUCAAUUAGUCAGGUUGAGCAAUGGCAGUACGCCGCCGUUAUCCUCAGGACAAAUUAUCCCGACGACCAUUGGUAUCGUUUCUCCUACGCUAACACCGCCUCCGCCAUACGCGAGGUGAGAUUGUGGUGCCGAAGAUAGAGACCAAUAAAUAUUAAAGUAUGCGACGAGUCGGAGUAUCAACAUAUUGUCGUCGAAUGCGAAGAGCGAUCACAUCGCAGACUGCGAAUAAUACGAUCGUACGACAAUUCCGUUACUUGCCCUCGUCGUAGCAAGAUGCCUGAACGAAUACAUGGUUACGCAAAAUCUUGUCUGCGGGACUGAGCCACUUAAAGAUUGCUCAACAUUUCCGCGAACGAGAAUUGAACGAGGAUCGAUCUCUUUAUAGCGUCUGAAAUGUCGAUUGCUUAAGCUAUUGAUUAUUGAAUAUAAUAUAUUGUUGUCAACGUUCUUUAGCGCUCAGCAAUUUACUGUUUCUUCAUAAUUAUAGAUAUAGUUUCCACUGUAAUCUACGAAGAAAUAGCAAACUGUUGAUUAGAAUUCAUUAUUCAUGGCGAUACCUGAAUUUAUUCAACACGGCCUAAGAGUUUGUCAAACUUUUUUUAUUUAUUGAAAGAAAUUUGGCAGAGAUAUUCCGUGGAAUCGAGCGCGUCUGGGAAAAUAAAGAUGUACGAAAAUAGUGCACAACGAUGUAUUGGCACAAUGUAUAAUUGCAAAUGUGGAGAUUUGUAUACUAUAUCUUUUCAUUUUUAAUUCAAUGUCUUGAUGAAAAAUACCGAGCUGAAUUAUACUACAACAUCUGUGGUUUCUAUUGACCGUGCUAUUGCUUGGCCGUUUUGUGACCGCAGAGUGAAGUAACGGCACUCGGACGUUUUGUUCGGCUUGUGGACAACAACUGUUCAUUUAAUUUUAUGAUUUGAAUCAAGGUCUGAUUGAUGGCGAACUUCUAAACUUGACGGAACAAACACGCGAUUUCUAAUAUAUGUGUUUUUAGUCGAAUUCAUAAUUCAUUUUGAAAGUGAUGUGAAAGUUGAAGAGGUACCGCUACAAAAUAAGUAAAUCGCAUCGAUUUGUGCUCAUAUUUCUUACUAUUGUUAGUCGUUUUUCAAAAUUUGACUUACGUUACUUUGAAAAUAAACGGCUCAAUUAUUCAUUGCGAUGACAAAUGCUCCACUCGAUAUUCUCACUCUCGGACAUUGUUAGGAAUGCGAUGCGCGUUCAAAGAGGAUCUCACGAUGAUCUAAAGAGGAAUCAGAAUAAUAGAGCAUUUAAAUGUAUCGUAAGCUCAGCUGCGCGUAAUUUACUGAAGAACGUUCUUCUACCGCAUCAUCUUAGUGUUUGUCUCUUUAAAUACGCACUUGCGCGCACAGCACAUUCAUGCGAAAGCCAUUCGCACGUCCAUCUUAUUGUGAUAUAUACGAUUAUACAUAUACAUACAUACGUGUAAAUAUUAUGAAGCAACACUGUUCAACGCAACUGCGAUGCUUGUAAGAUAAGACUUUUUUUAUAACGAAAAUGCAAAUAUAAAAUACGAGAUUUUUCUAUAUAAA